UCAGUUUGAAACAUUUCGUUGGACGAGAAAGAUCGUCGUCUCCAGAUUUGUGACAUAGUAGAUUUGAUCAAAAGAUUAUCUUUUUUCGUACUUUGUAAUAAAUUGUAUCAAGAAAAAUGUUCAAGUUGAACAUAGUGGCUUUGUGCUUUGUGGCCUGGGUGUCUAGAUGCAGUGGUGAUGAUGUUGUCGUGCAAAUGUUCUCAAAAAAACCGAUUAAUUACAUCAGUGAAAAGUAUAUUAGCUAUUCCAUCGACCCGAAUGAAUUGCUCGAAAUGAGCCAAGAACGAGAAGAUGGCUUCAUAUAUCGCAUGAUGGAAUCGGGACCGUGCUAUUUGAAAAUCUACGGCAACUAUACGAAUAAAAUGCAGUUGGCUGGCAAUUUCAUUGACCUGAACUCGUCCAAACUAUCGCUGGAACGAUUGAAAGAUGUUUAUGAUAUACUUCGAAUCGCCGGCAUAAAACCAGUGAUCGCAUUGCCGUACGAUCCAAACAAUUGGAAUACACGAAAUGUGAUGCGAAUUUUGGGAAAAGUCAGCUUAUUGGAGAUGAAUGACAUUACAUGGCAAUUGGGAGCGAAUUUUCAUGCAAAAGAUGCAGUCAGUUACAUCGACGAUUUGAAUACAUUGAAAUUGAUUGUCGGCGCAUUUGCAACGAAAGAAAGCAAGAAAAAUUGGAGCGUUGUUGGAUCGGAUAUCACAGUUGGAAGCAGUGAAGAUGAAGCUCGAAUGUAUUCCGAACUUUCCAAGUAUAUCGUUGAUGCUGUUGGAUGGUCACAAUCAAUCGAACUCAGUUAUUCGGAUGAAAAUGUUGAUGAUUUUUUCUCCAGCAUGAAUGUGGAUCCAGCAUUGCGAACAAUUUUGAAUGGUGAAUCCCCAAUUUGGCUAUCACUUUUGCAAAAAAAUACCGAUGUAAAGAAUCCAUUGACGCACAUGAAGCAAGGACUGAAUUGGGCGCAAAUAUUGGGUGAUGCAGCGAAAAAUGGAUUCAAAGUGAUCUAUACGCCAAUCGAUAAGCAAACAUGGUACGAACCAACGAUGAGCUAUUACACCACAUUACUGCACAAACGGAUCAUCGGUCAAACGGUUUUCGAUACGAAAAUGUUCAACGGUAAUCGAUUCGAUUCGCAUUUCUAUGCACACUGUACCAAAAAUAUGAGCGGUUCGUUUACAUUGUAUGGUGUUAAUGGUGCCGAUUCAAGUCUUGACAUUACCGCCAAAUUGCCAUUCCGUUCGGGCACCGCAUACUUGGAAUUCAUUUUAACAGUCGGUGUGAAUGGCAAAGUUUAUUUGAACGGUGCCGAAAUUAUUGAACCAACCGUUUUAACGCCGCUCGUGAAAUACAAACUACCAGGAAAAGGUGCAAUGUUAUCUAUGCCAGCCCAUUCCGUUGCAUUUUGGGUAUUUACCGCCGCAAAUAUUCCCGAAUGUGAAUCGGUCGCACCAAUUUCAUUCGAUUUUGAACAAUCAGAAGAGCGAACCUCAUCGGAACAUCUUCUUCAGCAAUUAAUUGUCGAAACGGUCGACAAUGAUGAACAAACCAGUGCCAAUGAGGAAAAUUCAAUCAGUCGCUCAAAACGAUCAACAAACAUUGAAAAGGAUGGUGUAAGCAAUCGAAUUCGACGAAACACCGAGAAUAGCAUUGGCAAACAGAGUGAGUAUAAUGCAAUUGAAAUGAACGAUGAAACACAGGAACGCGAUAAACGCUACGUUGGCGUUUCAAAUUUCAUCUAUAACAAUAUCGACGAUAUGAAACGACGCAGUAUAUUUGCACCGUAUAAAUCGAAAUUGGAAUUGCCAGCAAAACGAACGAAACGAGACAUCUUGCGAAAUUUAUUUGAUAAAUUCGAUCUUAAAAAGACCGCAUUCAAUUUCAAAACACCAACAUUGGGAUCGCUUAAAUUGGGCAACAUAGGUCUUUUACCAUCCAUUUCAACAGUACAUGAUGUUCUGAAUCCGUCCAACAGUAAUAACAAAGAACAGAAAUUAUUCGAUCGAAUUGAAAAUCCCGAAUUGCCCAAUGGUGAUGUGCACUUUGAACUUGCCGAAGUUGUAACCGAACCAAAUGAAUAUGCAGCCGCAUUGAAUGCAGCAAAUCGAAUUGUCGAAAAACCAAACACAUUCAUGCCAUACAACAAUUAUGCAACACCGGUUGCCAUGCAAAAUCAAAAUUCCGUUCCAAUGGUUGGUGAGUUGACCGAAAUGGCUGCAAAAAGUGAAAUAGUUACCGCUGCUCCAGCUAUUCGUGCACAGGCCGCUCAAGCUCAAAGGCCACAAGCUGUUCAACACCAACUUCAAUAUGUCGUUAAAGACCUUCCACCCACUUGGCAAAUGAAUCGUGAUAAUAUGGAAAAGACUCGCAAUAAUUUGCGUCAAAAUCUCUGGCCAAUGGCCAAUGUACAACAACUUGGCGCAAAACCAAUCAACGCUUUCUUGCCAAAUGUUGCAAUGCAAGGUGUUCAACAACCAGCCGAGCAUAUAUUUUUUGAAUCACGAAGACGUCGCCGUCGUGCCAUCGACUCCAGAAUGAAUGACGAAAUCGAACAACGUAUACAACGAAAUGAAUUGAAAAAUGAACUUCGUCUCGACGAAUCCGUCGAUCAAAUUGAGUUGGUCGAUAAAAUGCAACGCAUGUUUGAUAAAUUUGAGCGCAGUCAAAAUGGUGUUUUUAAAAUUGGAAAGGGCGGACUUAAAGGCUUACUUUCGGCCCGUAAGUCAGACGAAAGUGACAAUAAAAUAAAAAAGAAGUGUAAAGUUUUAUCAAUGGCCAUGGAGCAACAGUGUUUACAAACCGAAAAUCAACCAUCAAAAACACUUUUCAAGCGUUCACUUGACAUCGCCCGAACAUCGAAUGGUCCGUUCAAGAAGUUGUUUUCAAGACUCAAGGACAGCGUCGAUGGACCAUUGAAAUUUCGCAUCAGACGAUCAAUUGACGAAAAUGAAAUCAAUGAAAAUGAUAUAAAUGCCAUUUUUAAAGAGCCAAAAAAUGAAGAAGAAAAAAUGCAAUUUGAGAAAAAUGUGUUGUAUGACACGGAAAAACGCCGCAAUGAAUGGAAACGUAUUGUCGCAAAAAAGAUCUCAUCUUUAAACCCAUCAGAACCAUCGGACCCAGCUAUGCCAACCACAACUCAAAGUACAGCACCAGAAACUACACCAGCCGAAGCAGCAAAACCGGCGGACGGUGAAUCAACGAAGAAUGCGAAAAACGUUGUUCCGGAAAUCUUGCGUACAAUGCGAGGCUAUGUAAGUGAAAUUACAAAAACAGUGGCCAAAAGCAUUGGUAAGAUAUGGUUUAAUCUAGCAUAAUCAUGUAAUAAAAUGUGCGCCUCUCCUCGUUUGAUUUCAUAUUCUAUUGUUUAGUUAGUAUUCCAAUUUUUAAUUGUCCAUUUUUUGUUCAUAUGUUUGAUUAAAUAAACUGUUACAUAUUUUUAAUUUAUUAUUAGCAGCAAUGAAA